AUGUUGACCAAUAAUCAACCACCAGCAGGCGGACCUCGCCAUAAUUAUAUUCGCUUAGGAUUUCUUGUGGGCACACUACUUCUAUUCAUUGUUCAUAUUUUGGUUAAUGAGUUUUUUGGAAAUGGAAAUUGUCAUCCACCUGGAAAUGGAACAAUACACGCUGAAGCUUUACUUGCCAAUGAUAUAACUCCAUCGGACUGGGUUUAUCGAAGUUUAAAUGGAUUGAAUUAUAUAUGGCAGCUUUCUUGGCUUUUGUAUUCAUUAACAUUUAUUUAUCGACGAUCAUCAACUGCUUAUCUAUAUGUGUCACCAAGUACAUUAUCGCCAAUGUUUUACAUUAUAUAUAAUUUAGCCUUUCUGAUUCCAACCAUAUGGAUUGUAUGGUUUCAAAAAAGUCAUUCAGUUUGGACUUGGGUGGUGUAUUUAGUUUCAUUUUUAUUAUUAUCCUUUGAUCUAUUUAUUAUCAAUAAUAAUUUGGUGAUGAAUGAGAAAAUUUAUGAAACUGAUGGAUUUAAGCGGGAUAUUUGGAUUCUACGAUUUUUUGCUCAAAAUGGUGUCGCAUUCUUUGCUUGCUGGACAGCUGUUCGAUUUGUUGUUUCAUUUGAUACGUUUCUUCAAAUACGACUUACUUUAUCAAUUGUCAAUGCUGGUACAAUUGCACUAGUUUUAGCAGGAAUUAUCGCUUUCGCAUAUUUCUUUGGACCAAAUCUUAAUGCAGCUCUUGUAGAAAAAUGUGCUUAUCAAUUUGCUCCAUGGAUUGUUUUCCUCAUUUUCUUCUGGGGUAUUGUUGAAGGCAACUGGCAUUUCAAAUAUAUUAAGAGAAAUUUUGUUAUUGGUCUACUGGAAUUUUUAGCGAGUUUAAUUUCCGCUAUCAUUGCUUUGGCUUUAUUUAGUAUGCGUUAUCGAGCGUCGAAAAGGAAUCCAAUCCCUUAA